AUGCGUGUUUUACGACCCAGCAUUGGCUCGUUGGACGAUCUAACCGAUAACCCCGAUCUGGAUAACCAUGAUUGGGUUGAGGAGCUUGGGGAUGUCAUCCAGGAUAUUCUGGACCGCAAGCGUAGUAGUAAUCUGAGCCGCGAAGAGGCCUACGCUGCGUUUUGCCGACUGGCUAAGUAUCACUAUGUCGAGGAACAAAUUCGCGGUCGCGUUCUCGACUUGGUAGCGGCAUUCAACCGCAGUAUCAAGUUCGAGACCAGUGUGCGCGAAACAACCCUGGCGCUUCGUGCCGUUGAGCUCCUCGCCAUUUCAGCCUACGACAAUACGAUCUACGAGCAUGUCGAGCCCUUGCUGACUCGCACCGUGCGGGAUUCAACCUCCAAUACGGUCAAGGCAGCGGCAAUUCACUGUCUGGGCGUUUGCACCAUUCAUGCAGGCGCUAGCGAAGAUGGGAUCCUCGACCAGAUGACGUUCUUCUUGGACAUCGCUGCCUCCGACGGGCAGUCGAUCGGUGCUGGGGACGACGCAGCCAGCGUCGUUGCUGCUUUGCAAGAAUGGGGCGUGCUCGCGACCUAUAUCGACGAUCUCGAAGGCGAAAGCGAGGACGCCGUCCAGAUCUUCAUGGACCAGCUGAACAGUGGUGAUUCGGCGGUCCAAAUUGCUGCCGGUGAGAACAUCGCGCUCUUGUACGAGAAGAGUUACACCCCACAGGAGGACGAUGAUGACGAGGAGGACGAGGAUGAAGAAUCGGAAGAGGAAACUUUCCUGUCCGGAGGUCGCGGCAACGGCCCCAAGUUGAUCAAGCGCUACAACGCCUACCACAACACGCACGAGCUUGAACAGCAACUCCAGUCGCUGGCCAAAGUCCACAGCAAACGGAUCAGCAAACGCGAUAAAAAGAGUCUGCACAGCAACUUCGCCUCCAUCCUAACGACGGUGGAGAAUCCUCGUCGGGGACCCAUGUACAACACCGCUAUUGACCAAGACACUAACCGCCACUACGGCAGCAAGCUGACGGUCAAGAUCGGCCGGCAGGGCGUGAUGAACAUCGACCGCUGGUGGAAAUGGACGCGGCUGAGCUCGCUUCGACGCACCCUGCAGGGCGGCUUCGCGGCACACUACUACCAAGGCAACCGCGCCGUGCUGGAAAGCCUUCCGGUGAUCAUGCGCAUGGACACGCCGUCGGACCGAGGGUAUGCCAAGCGCACGACCAAACAUCGGGAUAGUCGUAGAUGGGCGGUCCACGAGGCCUCGGACGAGGACUAG